AUGGCUUGGAUCGGUGUAAAUAUCAGUAACGUCUCUUCGGAGAGUGCACCGGUUGGUGACGAUCCUCGGGAUGAGCGCUUGGCGCAGGUGGAAAUCGCCCUUCUCGCCAUCAUCUUCAUCACAGCGGGGAUCCUAAACUUUGGGAUCUUGCUGGUGUUGUGGAAGCGCAGGAAGCCGCUCUCCAGAAUGCGCGUCUUCGUUUUCCACCUGUGCGUCGCUGACUUGGUGGUCACAUUUUUCCAAGUCUGCCCCCAACUCAUCUGGGACAUCACCGACAGGUUCAUCGGUCCAGAUGUGUUGUGUCGGGCGGUAAAGUACCUGCAGGUGGUCGGGAUGUUCGCCUCCACGUACAUGAUCGUAGUGAUGACUAUAGAUCGGUACCAAGCCAUCUGCAAUCCCAUGGUAACUUUCCAGAGGCGCAUGGCGCGCUGGAACGGUCCGGUGUGCGCAGCCUGGUGCGUCUCCGUCCUCUGCAGCCUCCCGCAGGUCUUCAUCUUCUCUCGGGUCGAGGUCGCUCCCGGCGUGUACGAUUGUUGGGCGCAGUUCAUCGAGCCGUGGGGACGGAGAGCCUACGUAACCUGGACGACUUUGGUGAUAUUCGUCCUGCCAAUUCUCACCGUGAUCGUGUGCCAGGUGCGCAUCUGCCGCGCAGUGCAGCUAAACUUCCACAUGAAGACGCACCACGUCGGGGAAGCGGUCAGCAAGCCUCCGUCAUCGAGGGCCAGCAGCGUGGCAGGAGUGUCCAAGGCCAGGGUGAAGACGGUGAAGAUGACCGUGGUCAUUGUGCUCGCUUACAUCCUCUGCUGGACACCUUUCUUCACCGUGCAGCUUUGGUCUGUCUGGGACGACGAGGCACCCACACAGAGUGCAACCUUCACCAUCUUGAUGCUGCUUGCCAGUUUAAACAGCUGUGUGAACCCCUGCAUCUACAUGCUGUUUAGCGGAAAGCUACCCAAAAGGGUGGUCAGCCUGCUUUGUGUAGGUCAGCCUGACCUGAAGGAGUCCAUGCAGGAAGAAGCCACUGUGGUCAGCUCCAUGUACAUCAGCCUCAAGAGCCUAUCGGACUGCAGAUGAAAGCCCCGAUGAUCACACACCGAUUACACCUCAUUUCACAUGGUGUGAAAGUACGGCU